AUGCACUUUAGUUGCCAACCGCCGUCAAACACCGUCGAAGAAGAAUAAGUCCAACGAUGAAGCGCUGCUAGAUCAUUUUCGGUUCGAAGCUUGAAGACAGGUUUAAAAAUGUUCACACCACCUAAGAAGGGUAUGCCCAGCAUGAUUGACAGGGCUUUAAGGAUCAGAAGGGAGGAACAGGCUCGACAGGUGGUUCUCGCUUGGGGAGUCCUGUUUAUGUCUCUAGCUGGCAUGAUCUACACUGAAAUGUUGGGAAACUCAUUGAGCCGAUACUACAGCAUCACAUACUGGCCUAUUUGGUAUAUUGAACUGGUGCUAGCAUCUCUCUUCAGCCUCAGUGGUCUUUUUGAAUUCUGGAAAUAUUUUAAAUACACAAUGGCUCCCUCCACCAUUGCUGUGACCCCUCAACAGCGUGUUCUUCUAGGUCUGAGACAUACAGAAAAGGAGACUUCACCUCCAGCAGAAUUGUCUCCACCACAGGGGCAAAGUAUUCUCAGCUCCUCCUUUAGUGGUAUUUAUGACUCUUUCCCCCAGAAGCUUGAAAAGGAGUGCCUACCUCCAGCUGAGACCUCUCAAAUCCUGGGCCAGAGUAUUUUGAGUUUCAGCCCCUCUUGUCUGACUAGCGCUAGUCCCAAGUUCUCUCCCAGUUGUGUCCCAGGGUACAUUCCCCCAAUCAGCAACCCUUCCACUCCAAGUAGUGCAAGUGGAGCCUUUUCUCCCUUUGGAAAAGUGAUGAACUACAGUACCUCCCCUGGCUCCUCUCCAUAUCCCAGCAGCAUUGGCCCGACAGAAGGUUCCACUUUGAGGGCUCGAUACCGCACCUCUCCAUCAGUGUUUAACUCUCCGGGAAGCAAGGAAGAUUGCAUGGAUAAUCUUAAAAGCCUGGAAAAGUUCCUCCGCACUGAGGAGGAGAAGCGUCACCUCAGCCAGCUUGGGGGUCCAGGUUCUGUCUCUCCAAGUCGCAGCCCAACAAUUUGGAACUAUAACCACUCAUUGGGGGACUACGCGCAAAGCCUGCGGAAAUUCCUGUACCAGCCAGCCUGUAGCUCCGAGUCCCCCUCUGCCCACAAAGAUGAGACAGACCUGGGUUCUAAACAUGCUGCAGAGGAGGUGUGGGCCAGGAUCACAGGCAGCUGUGUAGUAGUGGACUGGAUCGAUACCUGGACAGCAAGACUGAGAAAUUGGAUCAGUGACACCAUCUUGGUCCCACUGGUUAAGGAGAUGGAUUCUGUCAACAGCCAGCUGAGGAGGAUGGGCUGCCCGGAGCUCCAAAUAGGAGAGGCCAGCAUAACCAGCUUGAAGCAGGCAGCGGUACUGAAAGCCUUGUCUAUCCCCUCAUUGAACUCUGUUGUUCAGUACCUGGAUCUCACGCCCAACCAGGAAUAUCUUGUGGACCGGAUAAAGGAGCUGGCCCACAGUGGCUGCAUGAGCUCCUUCUGUUGGAGUGGUGAUGAUCUGAAGAGCAGAAAGUGGGACACCGACCUCCCCACUGACUGUGCUAUCCUCAUGCAUAUGUUUUGCACAUACUUGGACUCCAGACUGCCUCCACACCCCAAAUAUCCAGACGGGAAGACGUUCACUUCACAACACUUCAGCCACACUCCGGAUAAACCUGAUAUGACCAACGAGAACCUCUUCUGCCUCCACCAGAGCAGCACCAGUCCUCCUCACUACCAGCUUAUCUACCAGGGUCACAUCUACAGUUUACCCAAGGGCAGGAACAACAUGUUCCACACAAUCCUCAUGUUCCUCUACAUCAUUAAGACCAAGGAGUCCGGGAUGCUGGGAAGAGUAAAUCUUGGUCUUUCUGGUGUGAACAUCCUGUGGAUAUUUGAAGAUUGAGGUGUUACUGAAAAACAACAAAAAGGUGCAAAUGGAUUUUUUAUUUUUUAAACUACAUGCUGUGGACAUAAAGCGUUGGAAAGUCUGCUCUUUAAUGGACACACACAUCUCUUUUUGGAAACACAUUUGGACAUUGUGGACAGCUUCACAAUUUCAUUCAACAAAUUGCCAACGUAGUCAAUGUUUUUAAAGGUUUUCUUUUACACCACUUUUGUAAUGUAAUGCAAAGCUACUUUUUUAAUGUUCAGUUUCCUGUCUUGUAUUUUUAUAAUGUUAACAGCAUGGCAGCAUUGUAAAGGAUAUACCUCAGAUUUAAGUGAUGGAUGGCAAAAAAUAAAGCUUGAUUAAUGGUUUGAAUAUAAAUUUAAAAAUAUAUAGGCUUCAAUGGUCAUUUGGCUUUUUGCAGUUAGUACUUUUUUAAGCCGUAGUAAAAUGAAUGUCUGCAGUAACAGAUGCUCCUCAAAGAAUAUCCUUGUGCAAACUGAAGCAGUGCACAAGUAAGGUUUCUGUUCUGCAGUAUGGCACAUUUCAUAAUAGUUUCUUAAAAUGUCGUACUUAUUAGAUUGUUUGAUAAAUGAGCAUGCUUGCAAAGAUUUCUGAAGUGCCAUCAUCCUGGUCUGACAUUAAGUUUGUUUUGGUAUCUCAUUUUGUACAUGUCACCUGAUAUUUCACAAUAAAUUGAGAAGAUUGUUCCUUUC